AUGUCCAACAAGAGCAAGGGGUCUCGGUACGAAUACCCUACAAUGCCCAGUUUCUUAUACCCGUUAUUGAUCUCCAGGCAGUCCAUUAUACUACGGCCCAUCCAGGCUGCUACGUCGAAGUCCGCUCAACGGUCAUAUAUAAGCGUAUUUCUCUUCACCUGUGCCACCUUUGCUCUAUUUGGUAUAUCUACCAUAGCAUACUGGGUGUUUUACUACAACUAUGUACCCCAAAUUAGCCUUGAACGGCAAAUCCACCUUCAAUAUGAUACGAGCUUUCCAUAUGGUACGGCGGUUUUGGGGUCACGCAUGGUUCCACUUCAAAAGUACGACGUCAAGGUGAUAUUACAGCUCCCUUCUACUCCUGCCAAUCGUGCUGCAGGUAAUUUUAUGCUUGAUCUUGCCUUUCUCAGAGAGCCUGAUGAUUUAGCUGGAUCCAUUGCAAAUGCAUCUGAGAACGUGCUGCUGCGAUCACGCCGCUCGGCCAUGCUGACCUACACAUCUCCCAUGGUAGAUACAGCUCGACAGCUAUGGAGACUUCCACUCUAUAUUCUCGGGCUAAAACGAGAAGCAGAGGUGCUUAGUAUUGGAAUGAUGGAACGGGUUCAGUUCCACAAAGGAAAAGGACAAGUACCAAGGGGUCUCAGGCUAGAGAUUCAAAGCAACGAACGGAUUCAAGUGUAUAAAGCAAGAGUGAGAAUAGACGCGAGAUUUACUGGCCUACGGUGGAUUAUGUAUAACUGGAGAACUCUCUCGUUCCUGACCUUUGGUUCUAUGUUUUGGCUCAUUUCUACAUCAGUUGCCACUGGAGUCUGGCUUGCCCUCUCAAGCCGGUCUUCGGGGAAUGAGAGGAUGGUCGUUAAGAAAGAGGAGGAUGUCGACUCCGACGAUGGGUUUAAAGACAGCUCAGAGCCAUCUACAGCUAUGCAAGAGGGUGUUGCCGCAAGGCUGUCUCCCGAUAUCAAGGCUGAGGAAGAGGAUGAGCCGUCAGCAUAUGGCUCAAACGAGGAUAACGGGCCAGAUGAAGAUCAAGGAAGCGAGUUGAGCGGGAUCUAG